AUGCGCCCCGUCAGGACCGGCAAGGCGGCGCCAGCGGGUAAUAGCGGCGCCAACGGCUCAGGAUCGGGAAUGGGCUCUGCUGCAGAGGCCCCCUCCGAGAUGACGCGGCGGGACGCGGCGGGACUGCGGAAGCACUCUGACGCCCUUCCGCGCCCAGGCGCAGCACAACCAGGCGCUGGCCCCUCCCCCGCGCAGCAGGGCGCGCAGGGCGCGCAGGGGGCGCAAGGGGCGCAGGGGGCGCAGGGGCAGGCGCAGAGCGCAGCAGGGGGGGGCGCGGAAGAGAACGGCGUGGAUACGGCGACCGUGUUAAUGGACGGUCGAUAUUGGCAGCAGAUGCUGGAUCUGUAUUUCGUUAGAGAUGACGGGAAGAGCCAUUCUGCGGGGAAGGGAGGGAAAGGGGGAGACGCGAACGGGGGGGACGGAGAGGAGGGGAGCAGCAGCGGGGAAGGGGCGAAGGGGAAGAAAGCAGAUGCGCUGUUUGAUGAUAUGCUGUUCUUUGUUAGACAAGAGAAAUCAACCUUUGGUCACAUACUCAACUUCAUUGGCUCCCUCAUGCAAGCGGAGGGGCCUCCGAAUGAGGAGGCAGAGAAGGCAAAGCCCUUCUUUGUGCGCCGCUGGGGUCCCGAUUUGGCGAAGGUGGUGGGCGAGAGUGCAGACGAGGUGGACUGGCGGCGCUCCUUCUAUCUCAACCUCAUCUGCCACACAGAGUUCACGCUCACCGUCGCCAUCUGCAGUCGACAGGACCUGGAGGCGCAUCGCAGGUCAAGCAAGGCCCCUGUGCACCCCAUAUCCAAGGCGACGAAGAGGGUGUUUGCAUCGCCCAGCAAGGCGCGCAUAGACGUGGACACGUCCAAGGCGCAGGAGACGCUGCCCUCCUUUCCCGAGAUCUGCUUCGCUGUUGAUGACUACGACAACACCUUUGAAGCCGUGGUUCUGGAGGACCCCGAUCACUGCUUCUGUGUGAUGCUAAACGCACAUGGCGGCGCGGCGUUCCCUCCAGACGAUGUCGUGGAGAAGGUCAACCCGGACGGGUCCCGGCGCUUGUUCCGGCGCGGCACCAGCAGCGAGGCCAAGGCGCUGGGGGAGGCCAAGGACGGACAGCCCAAGAUCACUCUCUUUUCGGGCUUUGUCAGUUACCCGCUUGUCCGCUCCGCCUUCCAAGGGGGAAGCACGGGGUUCAGCAUGUGGGGGCAGGUGCAGCCACCCAAGCCAGAGAAGCUGGUGAUGAGAGGGCCAGGCGGGAGAGGGGAGGCGGACGUUGCUGUCUCUCUCGUGCUGCCUGCUCCUGAGGUGCACCCAGAGGAAACUGAGAAAAAGCGAAAGGCGAGGGAGAAGAAGAAGAAGGAAAGGGACAACCGCCACCGACCCUCUCUCUCGGAGCUCCAAGGCAAGCUAUGGUCCGUGCAGUCAGAGCUAAUGGCUCUUGUGGAGGCCCAGCAGCAGCAGCAGGAAGAGGUGGAGAAGGACAAGGGGAAGGGGAAGGGGAAGGAGGCGGCGGAAGAGGCGGAAGAUAGGAAGAGAAAGAAGGAGGAGAAUCAGCAGCGGUUGAGAGAGCUUCAGGUGGAGUUGAAAUCGGUGCAGGAGCAGCUGCAGAAGCUGGGAGGCGGCGGGGAGAAUGCAGGCAGCCCGAAGCAUGGGGGGAAGGAGAAGGAGAACAAGGACAAGGAGAGGGAUUCGUCGGGAGGAGGAGGAAGCGGGAGUGGUAGCGGUUCCGGGGGCGGCCGUAUCUCGGGGUUUUUCAAAAAGGUGACGCAGACACCGCCUAAGCGUACGAUGCUUCAUGAUGAUUUGGAAGAUGCUGGUUCCCCUGGGGGAGUGACGCCUGCAGGAGGAGGAGGAGCAGGAGGAAGUGCUCUUGCUGGCACCAGCAGUGGUGGCAGCAGCAGCGGUGGUGGUGCUUCUGGUGCUGGUGGUGGGUCAUCGGGAGAAGGCAGAGCAGGAGGAGGAGGGAAGGGCAAGGCAGCAGCAGGGGGCGCGCCGGCAGUGCAGCCGCUGCGGUGCUGUCUCAUCUCGCUCACUCUCCCGUGGGACCUGCUUGCAUUUGACCUCCUUUUCAAGGAGAUGCCGAUCAAGAUUGACAUUGGUGGUCGGGUCUUCCCUCCCACUCGACCCAGACCCGUGGUUCCCGCUUAG